AUGAAACUUAUGGAUGGAAAUGAUCUGUAUGAUUCUUGUUCGAUAACCUUAAGUUCGGAUGGUUUAAUUAUUCGAAAUGUUAUACCAUCGCGUGCUUGUCGAAGUUCAGCUUAUCAAUUUUGUUGUAAUCAAGAUCUUUGUAAUUUUCUUCCUUCACCGCCAUUACCAGCAUUUACUACACUCACAUGUGCUAUUAAUGACUGUUGUUCACCUAAAACUACUGCAAUUACAUCAUUAACUGGUGAAUUGAUAUCUGAAAAUUUAUUUUGUUGUAAUUAUCCCAAAUGUAAUCAACGAAUUUUUCCACCAGGUGAAGCUAUUCGUUGUUAUACAUGUGAUUCACGUAUAACUGGUUUGAAAGAUUGUAUGAUAUUGAAUACAUCUAGUUCACAUGUUUAUAAUUCUGCAUCAUCGAAUCCAUCAGAAUCGUGUGCUAUGAUUGUUGGUCAAGCAGGAAAAGAUCUUAUGACUGGACGCAAUUAUCCAGCUUUUACGAUACGUACUUUUAUUAAUAAUUGUAUUAAUCAAUCGUUAGGUAAUGUAACAUAUGGUGGUGCUACUUUUCACGGUCGUAUUGAUUGUUGUUCGACUUCUCUUUGUAAUAUACAUCCUUUGUAUAUUAAUUUAACAUCGUCAACAAUAAAAUCAAAACAUGUUUUUUCUACUUCAAAAGUUAUUGUAUCUACUUUGAUUAUAUGUCUCGGAUUCAUUUUUAUUAUCAUCGGUAUUUCAUUAUCAAUAUAUCGAUUUCGUCUGAACAAAUCAUAUCAUUGUUAUACUCCAGGAAUUUUUAGUGAUGGUUCAACAACAUUAUUUUUAUCAUCACGUUUAAAUUAA